AUGGCAGAAGAACCGGCACAGACACAAGGCCUUGAACUUGUUGGUCAGAAAGUCAAGAUUCUUGUCGACGCGAUCAGCGAAUUGCGCAAUUUUGGCCUUGAUCAUGUCGUUCAGCUGCCCGAGUUGGUCCUUGUUGGCGAUCAAAGCGCUGGCAAGUCCUCGUUGAUGAGCGCCUUAACCGAAGUGCAAUUGCCGAAGGACCAAGGCAUUUGUACGAAGUGUCCAGCAAACAUAAAGACCUCGCCCUCUGAUACUUGGACCUGCCAGGUUUCGCUCCAACAGUACUACAAGUACAUCUCCCCUGGACCACGAGGUGUCGAAUCGAGACACGUGACCAAGGCUCGCCCCUUCCCCCCUUGGGUUGAGCAGGUUCUCGAGGUUAAGAAGUUCAAGACUAUCACCAACAAGUCUGAACUCGAAGAGGUGAUUAAGUGGGCCCAGAUUGCGCUCCUCAAUCAUGACGAAGACUACCGGAUCUUUAUCCCGGGAACAGGUCGACGUGCACUCGGCGAUUUCCAACAAGAGCGCGAAUCGACAGAGGCAAAGUUCUCUCCGAACGUUAUAUUCAUCGAGAUCUCCGGACCCGGUCUACCUGCACUCUCGUUCUACGAUUUGCCUGGGAUUUUCCGGGUGGCCCCAGACCCAAAGGACCAAUACUUGGCUAAGGUGAUCGAAAAUCUGGCUGUCAAAUACAUCGAUAGGCCGAAUGCUCUGAUUAUAUGGACUCUCGCGAUGAAGACUGAUCCUAGCAAUUCUAGUACGGGCAAGGUCAUUCAAGAUUGCAAAGCAACCAGUCGCUGUGUUGGUGUUUUGACGAAUCCAGACCACGUUUCGAUCCGACAUCUUGAGUACGAAAAGAUUUUGCUCGGGAAAGCCCACAUUGUCCGUCAUGGCUACUAUGUCACAAAACAGCCUGCUGAGAACUCGAAUUUGCACGGCCCCAAUUAUCACGCACUUGCACGGCAAGAGGAAACGGAGUUCUUCGAUACCCACGAAUUGUGGACUCAAGAUUGGGCUAGUUUCCGUAACCGCUGUGGAACUAGUGCUAUUCAGGAGUUCUUAUCGACCCAACUUGCCACUCAGAUUCUCUAUAGUAUCCCCAAUAUUACCGAGAAAGUUCAGCAAAGAACCCGAGAUGUCGACCAGCAACUUAGCGAUUGUCCUGACCUGCCCGAAUCGGAUAUGCUAAAUAUCGUCACCCGUCUCCUGGCCCAAGUUAGUAACGACGUUCAAAAUCUGGUCAACGGCGAUUUAUAUGACUUGCCGACGAGCUUUCAGAACGAGUGGACUACCCUCUGUGACCGAUUUCGAGAUUUAAUUCUCCAUAUCAAGCCGAAAGUUACCGUUUCUCACGAGUCAGACCAUGCGGAGGUCAUCGAGCUCAUCAGUGACGACGAUGAGCCUUUCCGGCCUAGCACUCCUAUCCGCAAGCGCCCAGCUGAACAGGUACAAUCGCCGCCAGCGCAACGGCAAAGAACCUCUCAGUCACCCCAUUCUCAAUACAGAGUAAUUCAGACUCCGCCAACAGGAAUAAAGCGUGAAAAUGGUCUCAUGCAAGCUCCGCCAUUGAGAUUGCCAGCCUCAAAUCGAAACCAGUUUGCCGGCACGCCCUUCCAAAGUGUCGAGAAUCUCGGAAAAGGCUUCACCAACCUCACUGAGAUUAGCAAAACAAUCCUCUCUAAUACGCGGCCAGGCCUUCCCGGUCUUGUGAAUAUAAAGACUUACAAUGACCUAUGCCUUCAGAGCGUUGCUUCGUGGAAGUUUCCGCUCGAGAUCUUUAUCAACGAGACACUUCGCAUGCUUCGCCAACAACUUGAGAAUAUCUUGAAGAAGCGCCUAGGUGUCUACGAACAGACGCAGCUUUAUCGUACGGCCGGUACUUACCUUCAAAAGUUUCUCGAUGGCCACAUGGAGGAGCAGCGUAAGUGUCUUAAGGAACUCUUCGAACUCGAAACCUACCGUUCGUUUACCAUUAACCGUGCUGCGAUUUUGGAAAAUAACACCAACGAGCUUCGGAACCUCCAACAGAUCCGCCGAUCGGUCCGAGCACGAGCUUUUGUCGAGAAGCAAAUCAGACUUGGUCAAAAGAAGAGACUAACGGAUAUGACUAUGGAGGAGAGGAGCAAGGAGAUGAAUAAGAGAGCAGCCGAGAUUAGAGACGAACAGCUUGGCCCUGAUCCUUUCAAGCUCGAGCUCGAGGUAGCAGCUUAUGUUCGAGGUUAUUAUAUGACGGCUGCCCUGCGUUUCGUUGAUUCUGUUUGCUUGAGUGUCCAUGGGAAGCUGUUUCGCAGUAUCUCACAGUCAAUUUUCUAUUACUUAGAGACCCAGCUCGGUAUCGCUGGUUCCCUGGAUGGCGAAGAGGUCUGCCGCAAUCUCAUGGAAGAAGACGCCACAACUGGAAGAAAGCGUCGCGAACUGAAGCAAGAGAAACACCGUUUGACUGCUUUUUCGGAACGACUAGCCCGCCUAGUUGAACAGAUUCGGGAGGGCGACAAUAGCGAGCACGGCCAGUCCGAGCCUGCCACCUACUCGAACUACACCGGCGACGGCAUGCCAGACGUCCCGGAGGUUGAAGAUGAUGAUGACGUUAUGAUUGUCGACGACGGAUCCCGGCUCUGA